CUCGCUUCUCUGUGCCUCUCUCCCAUUUAACCAGCAAACAAUGGUAGAAGCAUUACUGGAGAGAGAAAUAGCUAAGCUCAAGAAAGAAGCCCAGGAAAAGGACGAUCGCAUCAAAGCCUUGGAAUUAGCUGCGUCAGACGCGCAAUCGGCAAUCACCGGCCCGUCACAUGCUCUAGCGAGUGUUUCGUUCAAUGAGCUCGAGGCAGGCCUUCCCAAACUUCGUAAUGCACUUCAAUGCGCAAUUUGCACCGAGCUCUUCACUGAACCUCACACUGUUGACUGCGGACACACAUUCUGCUAUCAAUGCCUGAAGCAAUGGCUACAGAUCCGAAAACAGUGCCCAACCUGCCGAAAACCCUUAACGCGUCACCCGAUGUUGUCGUUUACUGUUCAACAUCAAGUUGAGAUAUACUUGGCGCAUUUUACCUCGAAAUCGGAAGGUGAAAGCUAUCAGAAACGUGUUGAAAAUGGCAGGAACGUGAAUGACCCGUGGCAGAACAUAUUUCGCAAGGAACGAACCACAACAUACCUUGAAGAUGCUGAAGACGAUACGAGGCGGUGUCCUGAAUGUAAUUGGGAACUUGUUGGCCAGCAAUGCGUCAAUUGUGGGGAGGUAUAUCAUGAUGCACCCGAUGAUUCAGAGGAAGGAGAAAGCGUUAAUACAGGAGAUGAAGUCGAAAGCUUUAUGGAUGCCAAUGAAUCCGAUCAAGACUUUAUUGUUGAUGACGAUGUCGUAGAUUACGAGGAUGCAGACUCUGUUGAUGAAAUUCUUGACGCGGAUGCUGGAAGUGACACAGAACAUGAAGAUGACUAUGUUAUACCAAGUAUACAAAGGAAUAGACACUCUCGACGUCCUGCCGUCGUUGUGAAUCUUUCAAGCGAUUCCGAGAGCGAAAGUGAUGGUGCGGAUAGCGUAUCGGCAAUGACAACCAAGCGUUCGGCCCCUUUCAUCUCAUCGGACGACGACGACUUUCAAUUGCCGCUCAAUCGGUCAAAAAAGCGAAAGACACAAGACACUUCCAAGAAUAGGAACCGAAAAGUCAUUGCGUUAGAUGACUCGGACGACGAUGAAGCUGACCUUCCUGGGCCUAGUGACAGUCAAAGAGUCAGGGAAUCCAGCGCAGAACCAGCCAUUGAUAAAAAUCGUACCAGCGAUGAAGAAGAGGAAAGCUCUCAAGGGACAAACAAGAAAAGAGCCAUUCGAGAUACCAGCGACGAAGAAGAAAGCGGUUCUGAGAUUGAUCAACGUGGAAAUUCAUCACAUGAACUAGACAGCGAGGAGGACGAUGAUGAUCUCAAGCAGGGACUACUUGAGCUGGAUGAAAUGGCUUCCAAAGAAGCUACUAGUCACCAGAAUGGGAAGACAGCCAAAAUCAAAUCCAAGAAGAACAAGAAGAGCAAAAAGCAUAAACGGGAUAAGCACGUUUCGAAAAGUGGUCAACGAAAGGGCAAAGGCAAAGCAAAGGCGUAAUUUAUCAAUUAGAAUAAUACCUUCAUGUAUACAAAAUCCUUGUGCUUGCCUUCAAAUUAAUUUAAAUCGUGGCAUUAUGUAAUAGUAACUUUGUACAGAAACAUCAACAACAUAAAUUUAGUGUGAAAUCAUCUUCC